AUGAACUCGAGACUUCGCACAGAGUCGACGUCAUCGCCCGGCGGCCACCCUUUGGUCGCGGCGCACACGGCACAGACCUCGGCACAGACCGCCAAGGGCGCGGGCGAGACCAACCUGGACGACAUCAAGCAGGACGGCGAGUACCCCGUCUGCUUCGAGCUCAUGGGCAUGGGCGACCUGGAGGUGGUGGACGUGGGGGAGGCGGGCGGCCUCCAGGGCGGCCUUCAGGGUGGCCUCCAGGGUCCGAGCAGAGGGCUGAGGAGCCCCAGAGCCCCGACCAAGACCAGCACGCCCUACGCGGCGUGGGGGCAGCAGGGGCAGCAGCACCGGCCGGAGUGCAGCACCCACCAGGACACGUCCUUCAUGUCCUUCUGCUCGGCGGACUGGGCGCCGAGCGAAGACAGCAGCGACGCCGAGGACUACAUGAAGGCCAGGAUGCAGGAGUGCUGCGUGCACCUCCGCGACGCGGAGACGCGCCGCCGCCGCGGGAGCGACGUGGUCGACGUGGAGGGGGACGGCCUCGACGAAGACGACGAUGACGACGACGAGGAGGAGUCGCGGGGCGCGCCCACCCCGGACAACACCCCGGAACACAGCCCGUCCGAGGAGCACCAGCCGGGGGGGCUUCUGCUCGGCCUGGAGUCCGGGUCGGCCCUCUACUCCACGCUGAGAGGCAUGGCGCUGGGCGAGUCCCGGGACAGGGACCUGGCCGACUACGCCGACUACGGCAGCAGCACCCCUUCCCCGGCGUGCUCUCCGGAGACGAGUCCGUCGGCGACCCCCGCCGGCACCCUGGCGGCCACGGCCUCGACCUCCAACGCCACGUCCAGCAGCGGCGGGGGCAGCACCCUGGGCAGGGUCUGGAGCCUCAUUCUGGACCGCGAGGACCAAGAGGACCAGGAGGACUCGGCCGACGACGACGCGCUGUACGUCGACCCGCAGGACCCGCAGGCCAUCGAGGAGCUCGAGGCGACGCUGGAGGAAGUUCGCUUGGACGGCGACGGCGACGACCCCGUCGUCAGCUACCUGGUGGAGGAGGCCGAGGACGCGGCGCGCUCGCCGGGAACCGCCAGCCGCGAUGUGACGGUGGAGGAGGUGCACGAGGACGACGGCGGCCAGCACUGCCAGCAGCCUGACGACAACCCGCAACGCGACGACAUCGAGCACCUCGACGACGUCCACGACGUCGACGACCCGGAGGUCGAGGGCUGCGAGUCCAGGACGGCCCCCGCCCCCAAGCCAUCCGGCCUGCUGUCCAGGAUCUUCUCCAGGUCCAAAACGAGCCAGGACAUCACCAGAGCGGAGCCGGACCAGCCGGACCAGCCCCCGAGGCGGCUGGAGCGCGGUGCCGCAGUGAAGCGAGCCAAGGGAGAGGUCUCCAACUCGGACCGCCUCCUGCACCGCCACCGGACGAAGCCCCGCCAGACCAACAAAGCGGCGAUGCGCGGCUCGCUGUCCCGCAUCCUGGGCCGGUGGCUGCGCCAGGGCGGCCAGGGCCCGGCGCUGCAGGGCCUGCCGGGCGUGCAGGGCCCGGGGAAGGACGUCCGGCGUGCGCCCCGCUGGCCUUGA